AUGUCUAAUUCUAACAACGAUGAAAAAAAGCCACGGGACUCAAAACGGUACAGUGGCCGCGGUUUGGCUCUGAUUACAGAGGAGCAUGCCAAUCCUUCUGUCUCCGAGUCUCCGGGGCAAGGUGAUAUCUCUAAUGGCCAGAUGACACCUGUGGCUGACGAGCUAACACAAAGUCCGGCUAUACCAGAGAUACACCUUCCGACGUCUACAGUGGAUAUUGAGACUGUAUCUGUUGGUAAGGGAUCAAUUGCUGUUUCAGCCCUCGCAGACGAAAAGGAUAUCGAAAGGGGUCGUCAUUCGUUUACGGUAUCUGAAGUUGAUAUGAAACCAACCCGAGAGCCGUCUAUCAUCUCAUCUGCAGACACGCUCGAUAAUUCCAAGCAGAUUGAAGUAGGGAAUGUCAUAAAUAAUGGUGGUCGAGACCAAGUGCGGCUGGCCGAUGCUUCACAGACUCAGAUGAUACUUUCCCGCCGGUUCUCAUUUGAACUAGAACCAGAGACCAGCCAACUUACCGGAAGUCCCUUACCCGCAGGACACCAAGAUCCCUCCAUUUAUCAAGCCACCAAUGGGCACGCUACGCAAUACAGCUUCCCUCCUCCUAGGAUGAGCAAUUCGUCUCCUACUAUAAAUGAACCAAGCCAACAGCCUAGUCACCCAACCCACCCAGCCCACUCGCGCACCUGGACUCAAACCGACCAGCGCAGUGUGUCUCCAUUACCUGUUGUUCAUAAACACACAGACACAAAUGGCUCCGGUUUAUCUUUCCGGGUCUCGAGUGCGGCGCAUGAGCAGCCAGCUGGCCAGCAAGCUAACGGGAAUGCUACCAACUACUACUAUUCCCAAGCGGGUGCGGGAUGCCCCGAUCCUGGUGUCUACCAGCCACCUCUGGAGGAGCAGAAAAAGCGACGUGCCAGCCUUGGGCUCACGGGGAUCAUGUCGAAGGUCAAUAUGGUCCGUAACAAGGGGGAACAGGCCGAGCGACCUUCAUCUCCUGUAUUGAAGAAGGGUGGCAAGAUGUUCAAGACGCUGAAAUUUGAUCUUCUCCAUGGAAAGAACAAAAGCCACCGCCAUGCAAGUUCGGAUUCAGCAGAUCCAGGAGAGACAGCGCCGGCCGCGUCAUAUAAUACCAGACAGGCCUUCUCGCCUGAUGGGGCGAUUUCGCCCAGCAGGACACAGUCUCCUUCCCCAAGCGCAAACGGGAGUCGGUGGAACUCCAACCCAUCCUCACCAGAAGACUUCUCUGGUCAGACUACAGGCAGCCGGUCGGGUAGAUUUUAUACGUCCAUCAAUUCUUUUCUCCCACGCCUUCCUGAGCCUUCGGACACGCCCCAGAUAAGCAGACAGCCUUCACCAUCGAAGGAACCCUCAUCUAGUCUCAGAGAUGGAAUUCCAGGCGCCUCCUCUGGCCCUUCCAGUGCGACUAUACCAUCAGGAGCGAGCUUUGUCUCAAAUAAUAACUUCAAUUCGACGCCACCACCCCUACCUCAUAGCAUCAAUUCUCCCACUAGCUCCGAGCAGACGUCCAAGUCCCCAGCACACUCGCCACAUAUCAAAGACCUACACUUUCGUUCUCGCAGCCCUCUCUCCAGACCCCCAGAUAACACCGACAGCUCUUCACUUUUCUCUGAUACACACGACCCUGCACAGAGGCUAGGGACAUUCCAUUCGUCCGUUCCGCACACGCCGCGUGUAGGUGACCAAGAGACACCAUGGACCAUCACGCUGCCCCAGGAUGAACAGGAGCCUCCGGCGCCCGGUACAGCGCAUCAUCCGGCAUGUACUUCUCCGGGCCUACGCCGAGUCAGCUGUGGCGUAGCUGGCGUAUCGCUGACAACAUCACCACCAAAAGGAUCUCUGAAUGGCUCGUACUCAUAUUUCGAAACACGUCCAACCCUAGCCAGCCAUUCUAUUGUCGGUCCAUCUGGCGAGCCGUCGAACGGCGCCCAUCACCCCACACAAACCCGCCUUGUCCAUGUAGCUUCAAUGGAACCCGUCGAGCUUCCAGCGAACGAUGACUCCAGUGAAGAAAUAGUGAUGUCUAGCACCUCCUAUCCCGGCCAGGAAUGGCAGCCUGCCUACCUAGGCCAGUGGGAUUAG